CGUUUCCGUAGUCGAUGGUAGUCUUCAACGACCGAAGAAAAAAUAAAAAAAAAGGGAAGUGGGACCCAGAGUGCAGGUUGCUUCACGCCUCCAUCUUCAUCUCUACGGAGACAGAGAAAAAGCUGUCGCUUUGUGAUCAAGUCUCUGCAACACUAGUAAUGGUUAUGGACCAUGGUAAUGGAGUAUUCUCUUACUCCACUCUCACUAUAUAGUCUGUGCAAUUAGCCUCAUUUCCACACCAAAACCUGGCCAUGGCAAUGGCAACGUUCUUCAUUUCCUUCUUAUUUGCGUCCUUACUUGGCUCUGCCAAGGCCCAAUUCAUAGAAUACAAUACCACGCAGAGGAUCGUCCCUGGCAAAGUCAACGUCCAUCUGGUCCCUCACUCUCACGACGAUGUCGGCUGGCUCAAGACUGUCGAUCAGUACUACGUCGGAGCCAACAAUUCCAUUCGGGGUGCAUGUGUACAGAAUGUUUUGGAUUCUGUUAUUUCGUCCUUGUUUGAGGAUAAGAACCGCAAAUUCAUCUACGUUGAGAUGGCGUUCUUCCAGAGAUGGUGGAGGCAGCAAAGCAAGGCUAUGAAGCUUAAAGUGAAGGAGCUGGUCAACUCUGGUCAACUAGAAUUCAUAAAUGGAGGUAUGUGUAUGCAUGACGAGGCAACCCCGCAUUACAUUGACUUGAUUGAUCAGACAACGCUGGGGCAUAAGUUUAUCAAGGAUGAAUUUGGUCAGAUUCCACGUGUUGGGUGGCAGAUUGAUCCGUUCGGGCAUUCUGCAGUUCAAGCCUACUUGCUUGGUGCAGAGUUAGGAUUUGAUUCCCUCUUUUUUGCGCGGAUUGAUUACCAAGAUAGAGCCAAGAGACUGAAAGAUAAGACUCUCGAGGUUGUUUGGCGUGGUUCUAAGUCCCUUGGUUCAUCUUCACAGAUAUUCACCGGCAUAUUCCCCAGGCAUUAUGAUCCUCCUGAUGGUUUCACAUUUGAAAUAAAUGAUGUAUCACCUCCUAUUCAGGAUGAUAUUCUUCUCUUCGAUUAUAAUGUUCAAGAGCGAGUCAAUGACUUUGUUGCUGCUGCUUUAGCACAGGCUAAUGUGACAAGGACCAAUCAUAUCAUGUGGACUAUGGGGACCGAUUUUCGUUAUCAAUAUGCGAAUUCGUGGUUCAGGCAGAUGGACAAGUUCAUUCAUUAUGUCAAUAAGGAUGGGCGUGUAAAUGCACUAUAUUCAACACCAUCUGUCUACACUGAUGCAAAAUAUGCAGCAGAUGAAAAAUGGCCACUUAAAAUUGAUGAUUUCUUCCCGUAUGCAGAUCAUCCAAAUGCUUACUGGACUGGUUACUUUACGAGUCGGCCAGGCCUUAAAGGUUAUGUCAGAGCAAUGAGUGGUUACUAUCUAGCAGCAAGGCAAUUAGAAUACCUUAAGGGGAGGAAUAAUUCAGGGCCAAACACCGAUGCUUUGGCUGAUGCUUUGGCAAUUGCUCAACAUCAUGAUGCUGUUAGUGGUACAGAAAGACAGCAUGUUGCUGCUGACUAUGCAUUGCGGAUUUCCUUGGGAUAUGAGGAGGCUGAAAAGUUGGUUUCUGCUUCUCUAUCCUACCUGACACAAUCAGGGUCAAGUCCUGGACAGGGGAAAAUCACAUCCAAAUUCCAGCAGUGUCCUCUUCUUAAUAUAAGUUACUGUCCUCCAUCAGAGGACAUCUUGUCUGAUGGGCAGAGCUUGGUUGUUGUUGUCUAUAAUCCUCUAGGAUGGAAGAGAGAAGAAGUGGUCCGAAUCCCAGUUUCAACUAAAAGGAUUACUGUUCUGGAUUCAAGUGGAAAAGAAAUAGAAGCUCAGAUUCUACCUCUAUCAAAUGCCACUUUGAGCUUACGAAAAUACUAUGUUAAAGCUUAUUUGGGAAGAUCUCUUGGUGAAACUCCUAAGUAUUGGCUUGCAUUUUCAGUGUCUGUGCCAUCAAUUGGUUUCAGCACAUACAUAGUCUCAACUUCAAAACAGAUAGGUCCUAGUUCAGCUGUCUCCUCUGUCUACACAUCCAGAGGAGGUACAGGUAAUACCAUAGAAAUUGGGCAAGGAAGUUUAAAGCUAAUUUAUUCUGCAAAAGAAGGAAAACUUACACGCUAUGUUAAUAGCAGAAGUUUGGUUACAGCAGCUGCAGAACAGUCAUACAGUUAUUAUACUGGAAAUGAUGGGACCGAUAAAGAUCCUCAGGCUUCGGGAGCAUAUGUCUUUCGUCCAAAUGGCACAUUUCCUAUAAAAUCUGAAAUCCAGGCUCCUUUUACUGUAGUUCAGGGUCCAUUAUUGGAUGAAGUACACCAAACGUUUAAUCCGUGGGUAUCUCAGAUUACAAGGGUAUACACGGGAAAGGAGCAUGCAGAAGUUGAAUUUACUAUUGGCCCCAUUCCUGUGGAUGAUGGGAUAGGAAAAGAAGUCAUAACUCAAAUUACGACAUCCAUGAAGACCAAUAAAACAUUCUACACAGAUUCUAACGGACGUGACUUUAUCAAACGGAUUCGGGAUUUCAGAACAGACUGGGAACUGCAAGUAAACCAACCCGUUGCUGGAAAUUAUUAUCCUGUUAAUCUUGCAAUUUACAUUCAGGAUAGCUCUACAGAACUUUCUGUGCUGGUGGAUCGCUCAGUGGCUGGAACAAGCUUAGUGGAUGGUCAAAUAGAGCUGAUGCUCCACAGGAUUAUUUACAUUGUCAAGAUUUCUAAAGUGGUGCUUCCUUUCUUUUAUAGGAGGCUGCUUCAUGAUGAUUCAAGAGGUGUUGGUGAGGUAUUAAAUGAAACAGUUUGUGUCCUUGAGAAAUGCGAAGGUUUAACGAUCCAGGGAAAGUAUUAUCUAAGAAUUGAUCAUCUUGGAGAAGGUGCCAAGUGGCGCCGCACCGCUGGCCAGGAGAUAUAUUCUCCACUUCUCUUAGCCUUCGCAGAACAGGACGGUAAUGAAUGGAUAAAUUCUCACGUGUCAACGUUUUCAGGAUUUGAUGCUUCCUAUGCUUUACCAGAAAACAUUGCUGUAAUAACCCUCCAGGAGCUUGAAGAUGGAAAAGUACUCCUUCGGUUGGCUCAUCUAUUUGAGACCGGUGAGGAUAAGGACUAUUCUCUAUUGACUACUGUUGAACUGAAAAAGCUAUUCCCAAAUAAGAAGAUAAGCAAAGUGAUAGAGAUGAGUUUGUCUGCCAAUCAAGAAAGAGCUGAAAUGGAGAAAAAGAGGUUAGUUUGGAAAGUGGAAGGCUCUUCUGAAGAGAGCAAGGUGGUGAGGGGAGGACCUGUUGACCCUGAAGAGCUGUUGGUAGAACUUGCUCCCAUGGAGAUCCGCACUUUUCUUGUUAACUUUGACUAUCUCCACAUAUUUGGCUCCUAAGAAAGUAGAAAGGAGAGCAGGUUCUUUCUUUAGCAAAUUGCAUGCGAAUCGCCUUUUUUCUAACCUCACCUGCUUGUUUCACAAGCUAUGCAACUCUUGUUGUAUGUAGCUCUGGAUAAGGGUAAAUAUUGUACAGCUGAUCUAAAAGAAGAUAAUAAAAUGAAAACAUAAACAACCAGCCUAAGUGAUUUUGAUGUUUCAUUGGAAACUAGCUGUUGCUACCCAAGAAAUGAGAGCAAGUAAUAACAGUGACUAAAAGAUGCCAUCCUACAGUCACUUAUAUUUGAUGGUUAAAAUAGCUAAUAUAUGGUUUCAAGCAUUUUGUGUGUA